UGGAAGAUACCAUUCGGGCGGGAGAGGGGGGGGGGCGGAGUGGCUGUUAAGGUGGAUUCGCCCACCCGCCCGUGUCGAAACGGAGGAAAACCUGGUAUGGAAUGAUAAAGAGAGGAAAGGAGUGCCUUUGUUGAGGCUUUUGAGGCGUAGGUAAGAGAGAGACCCCAAAACAUGGCUUUUUGGGGACCCAAAAAAAGAAUGGAAGAUCCCAGAUUGCCAGCCUCGGAGGAAUGGCAUGCUCCUGAUGAGGAAGCUUGGCUGAGUCAGGUAUUUCUUACUGUGGGCUCGCGACCAUCAUGGGAGAGAUUAAAAUCUCUCCGGACUAUAACUGGUUCAGAAGUACAGUUCCUCUCAAAAAGAUCAUUGUAGAUGAUGACGACAGUAAGGUUUGGUCGCUUUAUGACGCGGGACCCCGGAAUAUCCGUUGCCCCCUGAUCUUCCUCCCUCCGGUCAGCGGGACGGCCGAUGUCUUCUUCCAGCAGAUUCUAGCCUUGUCUGGAUGGGGCUACAGAGUCAUUGCCUUGCAGUAUCCGGUGUACUGGGAGAUUUUUGAGUUCUGCGAUGGAUUCAGAAAACUGUUAGAUCAUCUACAGCUGGAUAAAGUUCACAUCUUUGGCGCAUCUUUGGGAGGAUUCCUGGCUCAGAAAUUUGCGGAAUACACCCAUAAAUCACCCAGAGUCCAGUCGCUGGUUCUGUGCAACGCCUUCAGCGAUACCUCCAUUUUCAACCAGACAUGGACUGCAAACAGCUUUUGGCUGCUGCCGGCCUUUAUGUUGAAGAAAAUUGUCCUCGGAAACUUUGCAUCCGGUCCCGUUGACCCCGAAAUGGCGGAUGGAAUUGAUUUCAUGGUCGAUAGGCUGGAGACCCUGGGCCAAAGUGAGCUUGCCUCGAGACUCACCCUGAACUGCCAAAAUUCCUAUGUGGAGCCUCAUAAAAUCCGAGACAUCCCCGUUACCAUCAUGGACGUCUUUGACCAGAGCGCUCUUUCCACCGAAGCCAAGGAGGAGAUGUAUAAGCUGUACCCCAACGCCCGGAGAGCCCACCUCAAGACUGGGGGCAACUUCCCUUACCUCUGCAGAAGCGCCGAAGUCAACCUCUAUAUCCAAAUACACUUGCUCCAGUUCCACGGCACCAGAUACGCCGCUAUCGAUCCUUCUAUGAUCAGCGCUGAAGAACUCGAGGUCCAAAAGGCCAACCUCCAAACCAGCAUUGAGCCGGAUCCGGAGACGUUGUAGCCCUCGGGAUCCUGCUCCGUGACAACAAUCGCAACUUUCCAACUUUGGCCUUUCCUUUACUAUGAAACCGGCGAGAACCGGUUCCUUCCGCGAAGCCAGACCGGUUUCAAUGAAACGGAACACUUUCUCGUUCACGUCAUACGACACGGGAUGCCACGUUCGGAGGACUCCUUGAAAGCAACAAUCUAAGGAAACUUUUGCUACCAAAGGCUUCACUCUUGUGUUCUUAAAGAAAAUAAUCCUUUUUAAAUGUGUAUAUAUACACACACACACACACAUAUAUAUAUAUAUACACAUACAUACAGAGAGAGAGAUGUGUGUGUGUGUGUGUGUGUGUGUAUAUAUAUAUAUAUAUAUAUACACAUCCAUGCAGAGAGGGUGCGCACAUGUGUGUAUAUCAUGAGCAAAUUACGUAUGCCUGAGGGUUUUGUUUAUCAUUUGAAUAUUGAGUUUUAAAAGCGAUGUCCAAGUGCCAAUGUUGGUAUUACUUUUCUUUCUUUGCUUCUUAUCGACUUCUUUUUGCAAUUAGAACAUGGUUAUUAUUAUUUUUUGGUAAAAUUGCCUUGCUGCCUCAAUAAACCUUUGGAAUAAAAAUUCA